GAGAAGGAUGAUCCCUUGAGACCAGAGUGGCAUUUCCUGUCCUUUUUUCUUCUACCUCUUCAGCCCACCAUGAGACUGUCAACAAUACUCGCUGCUAUUGUGACCUUUACGUCUGUGCAAGCCUCGCCCGUCGAGCGCCGUGCACCACAAACCGGCGACUGCAUCACACCGACCUCCUCGGCGCUUCAGAAGGAGCGUACAGUCUUGCUUGCUUCGAAGCUGAUCCCAGAUAUCUACGAUGACUUUGAGCCAUCCACGACGGUCGCAGUCUAUUACCACGGUGACUUCGUGCCAUAUAACGCCUCGCAGGGCGCACUGGACACAUUGACGGCACCUUCCGUCUACUUUCCAAAGCCCACCCGCGAUGGCGACGACACGACAUACACGCUCAUCAUGAAUGACCCCGAUGCGCUCGGCGAUGCCCUGGGCCCCUCGUUCCUGCACUGGAUCCGGCGCGGGCUGAAACCGUCAUGUGACACGCCAGCCACAGACGGAGGCCAGGAUGUCCGCGUCUACAUCCCGCCGACGCCGCCGCCGCUGUUGCCGCCCACGGCACACCGGUAUGCGCUCACGAUCCUGCGAGAACCAAAGGGAGGUUACGCGCCCGACGUGCUCGAGAACCUGCUCAAAUCGGCCUCCUUUGAUCUGAGGGCAUACCAACAGGAGACAGGUGCCAAGGUCAUUGGUUCGACCUACUUCUUGGGCAGCUUUACCGCCUAGAUGUCAGUCCUUGCUCCUGUUUCUUGCAAGCAGGGGCCUUUCUCUCCGCCGCAGUAAUGCGCAACAGAAUGGCUCGUCAGUGAUGUGUCUGUCUGCAGUGGCGAGUCUCUGAAGGUUCAAGGCAUUGCAGUAAGAGUGCGCAAAUGGUAAAAGUA